AUGGCAGAAAUUGGUCAGAACCAAAGUACCCGAUUCAUACCACACAAGUUGUAUACAACGCCCUUCCUCUCCGACAUUCUGUGGGAGCUGGAGGCUGCUUGGCUGGCUCUCUCCAAGCUUCCAGACUCCCAGGCUCACGGUCCACCCGAGCACCUUGACACCACACCACACCACACCGACACCGACACCGACACCGACACCGACAGGUGCUUACGGAGUAGCAGGAAAAGACUGGGCCGGAUCGCGGAUGGCGCGAGUAGCGAGGGAAGGGCAGCAAGACAAUGCACUCUCACUACCUACUCCGUACAAGCCUCUCUGCAAGGGAAUCCUAGCCCUGUCAGGACGAACGGCCGCCGUGUUAAGGCGCCAUUCGAUUCGGUGUAUGCCCAGGGGGAGGGGACUAUUACUUAUGAGCGUCAACGAACCUUUUAUCUACUUGGGGCUGGCCAGAUCAUUCAGAUUCAACACUGA